ACUCAGCAGCUCAGCUCCUUAGCAAGAAGCUGUGUCCUCUCUCUCUCUCUCUCUCUCUCUCUCUCUGAAACAUUAUCUCUUUCUCUCUCUAGAAUCAGCGCCAUAUCCAUAUGGCCUCUCCACCUCCCCCUCACUCACCAUUGAAGCCCUACCUAAACCCUUUCUAGCCCCAUCUCCUCCUCCUUCUUCCUCCUCUUCCUCAUCCUGCUUCUUCUUCUGUAACUAGGUAGAGAGAUAAGUCAACCCUUCUUCAAUGGCGUCAUCGACUCCGCCGCACUGCUCAAUCACGGCGACAAAACCCUACCAGAACCACCCUUACCCUCAGAACCACCUUAAGAAUCCGCGGCAGAGCCACCAUCCCAACCCUCACCCCCAUCCACGCAAGGUCUCACUCACCAAGCCCCCAGCUGCCGCCGCCGCCCCCCAGGUCCCCGCUUUUCCCUCCCUCUCGCGUCUCCCGCCCCCAAAAUCCGAUCUUGGUUCGGAUUUCUCCGGCCGCCGCUCGACCCGCUUUGUCUCAAAGAUCCACCUCGGCCGCCCCAAGCCCUCCUCGGGGUCCCGCCACACCUCCGCUGCUGAGGAGGCCCUUCACCACGCUAUUCAGUACGGUAAGGAUGAUCUGGGACUCGAGAGCGUGCUCCUCAAUUUCGAGUCUAGGCUGUGCGGGUCCGACGACUACAAUUUCCUGCUUAGGGAGCUCGGGAACCGGGGAGAGUACUUGAAAGCUAUCCGGUGUUUCGAGUUCGCAGUGAGGAGGGAAAGGAGGAAGAAUGAGCAAGGGAAGUUGGCCAGUGCUAUGAUUAGUAUUCUUGGUAGGCUUGGUAAGGUUGACCUUGCAAAGGGCGUGUUCGAUACCGCUGUUAGUGAAGGGUAUGGAAACACUGUUUAUGCUUACUCCGCCUUAAUUAGUGCGUAUGGGCGCAGCGGAUACUGUACUGAGGCAAUCAAGAUUUUUGAUUUGAUGAAAAAUCGUAGCUUGAGGCCCAAUUUAGUCACUUACAAUGCUGUGAUCGAUGCUUGUGGUAAAGGGGGUGUGGAGUUCAAUCAAGUGCUGGAGAUUUUCGAUGAGAUGAUAAAGAAUGGGGUACAGCCCGAUCGCAUAACCUAUAACUCGCUCCUUGCAGUUUGCAGUCGGGGUGGUUUGUGGGAGGCGGCAAAAGGAUUGUUUGGUGAGAUGGUUGAUAGAGGGAUCGAUCAGGACAUAUUUACAUAUAAUACUCUUCUUGAUGCAGUUUGCAAAGGUGGGCAGAUGGACUUAGCUUCUGAGAUUAUGUCCCAAAUGCCCGCCAAGAAUAUCUUGCCUAAUGUUGUAACUUAUAGUACUAUGGUAGAUGGGUAUGCUAAAGUGGGAAGAUAUGAUGAUGCCUUGAACUUAUAUAAUGACAUGAAGUUCUUUGGCAUCAAUUUGGAUCGAGUUUCGUAUAAUACUCUCCUCUCCAUAUAUGCGAAGCUCGGGAGAUUCAAGGAUGCCUUUGAUGUUUGUAAGGAGAUGGAGGAUUCAGGGAUUAAGAAGGAUGUUGUAACUUAUAAUGCACUCUUAGGUGGAUAUGGGAAGCAGGGGAAGUAUGAAGAAGUGAGGAGAGUGUUUAAAGAGAUGAAAGUUGAGAGAGUUUCCCCUAAUUUAUUGACAUACUCAACUCUGAUUGAUGUUUACUCGAAAGGAGGCCUUUACAAAGAGGCGAUGGAGGUUUUUCGGGAGUUCAAGAAAGCUGGCCUGAAGCCUGAUGUUGUCCUUUACAGUGCGCUAAUCGAUGCUCUCUGCAAGAACGGGCUCGUGGAGUCUGCUGUUUCAUUGCUUGAUGAGAUGACAAAAGAGGGCAUUAAGCCCAAUGUUGUCACGUACAAUUCGAUUAUUGAUGCCUUCGGGCGGCCUGUGACUGAUGAAUCGUCUGCCGUACAUGCUGAUAUUAUUAAUGAUACAAGGGAUGGGCUGUCAUCGUGCUCGAUGUUCAUUGAGGGUCCUGCUGGAAGUAAGUCAGCCAUAGAUGGGGAGGAUAACCGUAUCAUUAAGAUUUUUGGGCAGCUUGCAUCUGAGAAGGAUGGCCAAGUUAAGAAAGACAGCAGAGGCAAGCAAGAGAUUUUGUGCAUCUUGGGAGUGUUUCAGAAGAUGCACGAGUUGGAGAUUAAACCAAAUGUGGUUACUUUUUCAGCCAUUUUAAAUGCUUGCAGCCGUUGUGAUUCCUUUGAGGAUGCUUCUAUGUUAUUGGAGGAGCUACGGUUGUUCGACGAUCAAGUUUACGGGGUAGCCCAUGGGCUUCUUAUGGGUAAACGGGAGAAUGUUUGGUUUCAGGCACAGUCUUUGUUUGAUGAAGUGAGGCAGAUGGGCUCUUCUACUGCAUCUGCCUUCUACAAUGCCCUCACUGACAUGCUGUGGCACUUCGGUCAGAAAGAAGGGGCUCAGCUGGUUGUGCUUGAAGGCAAACGCCGGCGUGUGUGGGAAAAUGUAUGGUCUGAAUCUUGCUUAGAUUUGCACCUCAUGUCUUCUGGAGCUGCCCGGGCUAUGGUCCAUGCUUGGCUACUAAAUAUCCGUUCCAUUGUCUUCGAAGGCCAUGAGCUUCCGAAACUUCUGAGCAUUUUGACUGGGUGGGGCAAACACAGCAAGGUGGUCGGGGAUGGGGCCCUCAAACGAGCUGUGGAGGCGCUCUUAACUGGAAUGGGGGCACCAUUCCGCUUGGCAAAGUGCAACCUAGGUAGAUUCAUAUCGAGCGGUUCUGUAGUGGCAGCGUGGUUGAGGGAGUCUGGAACCCUGAAAGUUCUCGUCCUUCAGGACGAUCGGGGUCACCCAAACAUGAUCGAGAGGGUGACUCCCGACCAGAUCUCCAACCUUCAGACACUCCCCUUGUAGUAGUUGUUUGUAAUCCAUCUUGAUCGUUGCUUUGUGUUUUAACCUUGUUUAUAGUGGCCUGCCCUUGUAAAUGAUGGUUUUUGUGUUAUGGACAUGAUCUACCGAACUAAACGUUCGAUGGAAUCCUUAAGGCUCGGAUUGAAGUUGUAUGAAUGAUUCUUUCUUGGACAA